CAAAAAAGAAGAAGCUUUGAACGUCAAAAUCAAUCUGAUAGUAACAGAAAUUAAGCUGAAAAUAUCAAAAAUAUUUAAAAAAAUCAGUCAGCAUCUGAGAUUAACGAUUUAACACGGUUCGAUUAUUGUUGAAAAGUGUACAUAGAAAUGUUACAUAAAAUCUUAUGUGUAAGAAAGCAUGAUUUUUCAAACUAUUGUUAAUAGUUGUUUCUGGUAGAGAAACCACUUCACUUUACCUAAAAUAGGUAUAACUAUUCAAAUCAAUGGAAGCAAUGGAUAUGAACAUCGAAUACGAUCUGACCAAGAUAUGUCGCUCGUGUCGCAGGGAUGAUCAGCAGCUGCAGUCCAUAUUCCAUUGCGUGGGAACCGGAGGCAUAACGCUGCAUGAAAUGCUCACCAAUUGUACCCAGAUUCAGGUUCACUAUAAUGACGGAAUGCCGCACAAUUUGUGUUCCACCUGCGUCACCGACAUCAAUACGGCGUACAACUUUCGAAGGCGUUACGAGCAGAGCGAUAUGAUGUUGAGAGAAUACAUCGCUCGUCGGAGGGUUGUAGCCGGUGACAGUACGGACGAUGGAUCCGGAGUGGUUAAAGUAGAAAUUUUCGACAUUAAACCUGAGAUCACGUACAUCGAGGCAGACCCGUUGAUCGGAGAGAAGUGCUUUGUAUCGUCACUGGCGAAAAUAGGAGCGUCAACCAGUUUGAUACCGAACGACGAAGAGCACAUCGAAGAACUGAUCGAGGAAAUCAACGACGAAGAUGAUUACACGGAACCCGAUGUUGUUCAGGCUGAAAUUGUGGACAAUAGUGAAGAUGAUGAUGAUGACGAUGAGAUAGAUGAGGUGGAGAGCGAUGGUGGGGUGGUGGAUUACGUCGAAGACAGUUUGGAUGAUCUGAUCGAGGAACUGGAUGAAGCGAAACCCAGGAGGCAGGUUCACCACAAAAAUAAAGGUUAUUCGAAGAUUAAAGGAGGACGGUUCAUAUGCGAUGUAUGCGAAAGAAUUUUCAUGGAUAAGCGUGGCAUUACGAAUCAUAUGAAACUGCACGAACCGAAAGAUUUGAAGCAGUGUUCCAUCUGUGAUCGAGGAUUUGCCACAAAUUACCACCUGGCUCGACAUAUGAAGAGCCACGAGAACGAUACACAGUGUGAAUAUUGCGAGAAGAAAUUUUCCUUUAUGGCUUACAGUGAUUACAGCAGACAUAUGGCAUUAAUGCAUCCAGGUAAAGAUCUGGUUCCUCAGAGGAAAACCGAAAAGCCCGAGCGUGAGAUGGCACUAACAACGUUAACGGCAGAAAUGGUUGAAGAUAAAGGCAAAAUGGAAGCCAUCUGCCGGAUUUGUGACAUUACUUUCGAUCGAAUAGCUGAACUAAGGAAUCACCUGAAAAUUCAUGCGGAUCCAAAAUCAUACGCCAGCGUGAAUAUUCAAACGAAACCUUAUCUGUUUGAGGAAGGUUACGUUCUGGAAAACUAUCUGGAUUAUCUGGUCCAACAGGUCUGCAAAUGGGAUGUGCUUCGGUUCUAUCAGAUUGUGCAACCAGAUGGCGAAGAGCUAGAGUUGAGUGACUCCGAUUCUGAACCAGGCGAGGAUGCUACCCCGGUGGAAGGCAUCGUGCGCAGAAAUCACCUUUGUGCUCUUUGCAAUCAGAACUUUCCCAGGAUAAGUAGUAUCAUGGAACAUGCGAGAGAGCAGCACCCGGUGGAGGAGUUACUCGGAUGUCGACACUGUGCAAAAGGAUUUCCAAACAGUGCUCUUCUAGUGCGUCAUUUGAAACAGCAGUGUGAGAAUCACCAGAAGAAAUUCUUUUGCACUUUCUGCAACGAGAAAUUCAUGUGGCAAACAAGCUUGAACAAACACGCCCAACGGAAGCACAAGCCAUCGAAACCUCUGUGGGAGAAGCCAGACGAUUCGAAUGACACAAACGAAGGUAAGGAAAAGCAAUACGUCUGUCAGGUAUGCAGUAAAGGCUUCCAGCGGCUGGAACAUCUGGAGCGUCACAUCAAGAUCCACAUUCCGUCGGAGAAGAAAUUCGAAUGUACUCAGUGCCAUAAGAAGUUCAACCGGAAGGACAACCUCCGGUCGCACAUGAAAAUCCACAAGAAAGACCCGCAGUUGGAUAUCAAGCAGAACCAUUUGUGCGUCUACUGUGGUCGAGGUUUCUCCAAUUCGUCAAACUUGAUUGUGCACAUGAGGCGGCACACUGGCGAGCGACCGUACAAGUGUGACAUUUGUGAUAAGGGAUUCCCGCGGUCAUCUGAUUUGCAGUGCCAUCGUAGAACACACACCGGUGAGAAACCUUGUCUGUGCACCAUCUGUGGCAAAGGUUUUUCCAGAUCCAACAAACUCGUUCGACACAUGCGAAUUCAUACUGGAGCCAGACCAUACACCUGCACCUACUGCGACCGUGCUUUCACCCAGUCGAACGACCUAACGUUGCACAUCCGCCGACACACCGGCGAAAAGCCGUACGUCUGCGGUGUGUGUAACGAGCGCUUCAUCCAGGGCACCGCACUGAAAGCUCAUCAACGGGUGACAGGCCACUUCGAUGACGGCAGUAAUCAACCGGAACGGUUCGCAAGUAUCAGCGUAAACAACCCGAACCGGCUUGGAAUUAACGGGCCGAAGGCAGUUCGCCAGGGAUCUUCCUCCGGCAUUUCUCCUGACGAUUUACCGAAAGUGGUUAAACCCGUUAAAUCGAGGAAAAAAGCAACUGCCGCCAACAGUCGAUCGUCCAGAUCCCAACCAGCGCCAGCUGUUGAACCAUCACGAGUCGAGUCGACUUCGGUUCAUCCGACAUCUGCCACCAAUUCAGCACCUACUUCACCCACAAUUGUGGACCAUAGUAGAACUAAUCUACAAAAUCUUACUGGCCCGCCACAUAGUUACGGUGCUGUGCCGUACAUUAUGCAAAACUAUGACCUCGCGUCAACGGGUCUAUUCUCGCAGAACUUCAAUCAGCAGUAGUAGUCUACCGCGUUAAUCUUUCUCUCUUCGUGUCUAGUUUUAUGAGAAUGUUGUGUAAGGACCUGUAAAAUAGUGAAUAAAAAGCGGCAGCAUAGUAGGGGAAGUGUUCUUUUU